AUGGCUGGUGGCUCUUCGCUGGCGGCCCGGAGGCGGCGCCUGAGGGAGGUCCAGAACGGCAUGGCUGCGGGACGCGCCUCGGCAAGGCCGCCCUGGGGAGGGCUUUUGCGAGGCGCCGCGGCAGCGCGGGCUGCCGCUGACAAGCUGGCCAAGCGCCUCUCGAAUGAGCUCGAGGAGGCGCGGAAAGAGUGCCAGUGCCUGCAGGGCGCCUUUGCGUCGGCCAUCGCAAACGGCGACAUCGGCGACAAGGCAAGGCUGGACAACCAGGCAGCGUCCAGGGCGCCUCCCGUGGAGUGCAUCGUCGAGGUGUGCUACGCCGAGGCGCCUGUGAAGGCAUGCAGCCUGGAUGUCAAGCGGCCCGCUGCUGGGCCGACGGUCUGUAACCUGGCCGCCCCCGAGUGCGUGCCUCGUGCUCUCGCCAACGGCGUCGUGUGGCGGUCCGCCGACGAGCAGGCCGACGUGCUGCUGGAG